AUGGAUACAAAGUGCUUUGAUUUACGAUUUCAUGAUGAAACUAAUCGUCAACAAAUAAUAAAACCAGAUGAAAUCGAUUUGACGAAUGAAAAUAAAGUUCUUAUGUCAAAACUUUCAAUCGAUCAACGAAUUCUCAAUGGUAUCAAAGGUUCUUUAUUUGGAUUGGCCAUUGGUGAUGCACUUGGAGCUCAUGUUGAAUUUAAGCCACAAACUUAUUUAAAAGAAAAUCCUGUUAAAGACCUUCAAGGUGGUGGAACAUGGGGUUUAGAAAAAGGACAAUUCACUGAUGAUACAUCAAUGGCAAUCUGUUUAGCGAUUUCAUUAAUUGUUUGUCAAGAUUUUAUCCCAUAUGAUCAAUUAGUUCGUUAUAAAUGGUGGUAUCGACAUGGAUAUAUGUCAUCAACAGGACAAUGUUUUGACAUUGGAAUAGCAACGAGACAAUCAAUUCAAGAAUUUGAAUCGCGACAAAAGAAAUUUGCACAAGAAAAUCAAAUUGAUCUUGAUGAAAUCGAUCAAUUAAGUGAAAAUAAAGAAUUACUUGACAAAUUUAAUGCUAAUUGUAGUGACGAUGAAGCUGCAGGAAAUGGAGCUCUGAUGCGUCUUUCACCUGUUCCACUUUUCUUCUAUCAAAAUCCUUCGAAAGCCAUUGAAUAUUCAGGAAUAAGUGCAAAAAUAACACAUGGUGAUAAGAAGGCCAUUGAUUGUUGUCGUUAUUAUGCAGCUUUAAUUGUUGCUUCUCUUCAAGGUACUUUUACAAAAGAUGAAUUACUUCAUGGAGAUUUUUAUAAAAUUAAUCGAAAAUGGUUUGGAAAAGAAGAACUUCAUCCAGAUGUUUUAGAAGUCAUUUCGGGAUCAUUUAAAAAGGAAGGUGGAUAUGAUCAAGGAAUUCAAGGAAAAGGUUAUGUUAUCGAUGCACUUGAAGCUGCUUUAUGGGCUUUUUGGAGUGAUGAGGAUUCAUUUGAAAAAGGUGUUCUUCAAGCGAUUAAUCUUGGAGAUGAUACGGAUACAACAGCAGCUAUUUAUGGACAAUUAGCGGGUGCUUUCUAUGGAUACGACAAAUUAAAACCACAGAAAUGGCGUGAGGCACUUUAUGCAAAAGAAUUUCUUUUAUAUGUUUCAAAUUCUUUGGCUUUUUCUGGAGAUUUAUGGUACAAAAAUCAACAAAAGGAUAAUUUAACCAAAUUUAAAUUAAAUUUCAAACAUUCAUUUUUAGAUUCAACUAGAAAUUCUCUUCGGAGUUUAACUUCUCGUCAAUCCAUUGAACGAAAUCCGUCAAAGACCAUUGAAAGAAAAGUUAUUGAUUCUAAAGGUUCAAUUGGACAUUUUUACAAUGCUUUCAAUGAUUCACUUACAGAUUUCAAAGAAAAUUGUGCUGGUUACAUUCAAGAGGAAAAAUUCCCUUCAAAGAAAUGUUUUGUAAAACGAGGAAAUGAAAUCGAAUUACAAAAUCUUUUAGAAUUACUCGGAUUUGAUAAUGAACUUCGAUUGAGUUUAUUGUCUCAUCUCAUUUCAUCUUUAGGUAUUUCAUCAAUUGUUAAUUAUCCUUAUUUAGUUGAUGAAAAUACUCGUCUUGUCUAUUAUUCAUUAAUAACACAACGAACUUAUCUCAAUGAAAAUCAUUUCAAAUCAAUGAAAUCAACAAAUGAAUCAACACAUUUUAUCAAAGAAAUUUUAUAUGGAAUUGAAUUUCUUAUUCUUUUAAGAUUCAAUAGAGAUUCAAAGAAGUUUAUCGAUCCAUUACUCGACGAUUUCUGUCAAAGUCUGAAUAAAAACACAAAGUUGUCAAAUAAAUAUUCGAAUGAACAAAUAUCUUUAUUUUCUGUUUAUUCAAAUAUUCCUCUUUUAACUGAAAAACGAACAAUUCAACAAAUUUACGAUUCACUUCAAGAAAUUGAAUCGAACGUCGAUCGUCAUUGGCCAUUAACUUAUAUUCUUCAUCCGAUAAAAACAUCAAAAUCAAAUCUUUAUUAUCCAAUUCGACUAGAAACUUCGUUGAAAAUUGAAGAAUAUUUUCAACGUUUAUUAUUUGGAAAAAAGAUGUUUAAAACACUUAUUAAUUCUAAUACAGCGGAGAUUCUUGAACGUGAUCUUCCAGAACAAUUUAAUCUACAAAAAGAAAAAGUUUCUUUAUUAAAAAAAGAAUUUGAUGAGAAAAGAAUGGAAAUUGGAAAAUUAAUUUUGGAAGUUCGUCGAACAAAUGACUAUGAACAAAUAAAUCAUUAUGAAAUUCUUUCCGAAAAAUAUCAAACAAAUUUAAAAAGACAAAAUGAAGAUUUGUCAUUUCAUAUAACAACAUUAAAAGAAAAAAGUGAUUUUAUUAAUCAAUUGAUUCAACGAGGUUUUCAAUAUGUGAACGUUGAGAAAUAUUUUCAGUUUCAACAAAGAGAAACUGAUCAAUCAUUGGAAAAACAACUUGUUAAAGAGGAAUUUCAGAGAAUUCUUUGUUCAAAUGAUUCUUUAAAUGAAACCAAUUGGGCAAAAUUAAAUGAUUUAUUAAACGAAUUCAAUGAAAUGAAAAAGAAAGAUAAUCGAAUAAAACUUUUCUAUUUCGAUUUUACUUAUUCAAAAUUUCAUUUAAAUGAAAUAAAAAGAUUUCCAUUGAAUUCUUUCAAACCAAUUCUUUCUCAACCACGAGCAAUUUCUCAAUCAAAUCGUCGCGAAGAAAUUCUUCAUAUUUUAUUUCUUGGAAAAAUCCACUCAGGAAAAUCAACGUUAAUCAAUACAUUCGUGGAUUUUCUCAAAUCGAAAAAACGUCGAGAGAUUCAAAAAGAUUUUUCAAUCAAUAACCUUGUAAUUCCAUUUGUUCAUCUUAUCGAAAAUCAAUUUGAAGAACGACAAAUCCAAAUUGGUCCAAAAGAUUCCAAUGAAAAUUAUGAUAAAAAAGGCCAAUCAUUUACACAACAAUGUCGAUCUUAUUCAUUUCAUUUAGAAAAUAACCAACAAAUUUGUCUUAUUGAUACACCUGGAUUUGCAGAUCGACGUGGACAAGAACAUGAUGAGAGAAUAAUGCAACAUAUUUUAUCAGUUGUUAAUCGAUUAACACAUAUCAAUGCCAUUUGUUUGAUAAUUGAUUCAAAUGAAAAAGAUUUCAAUUCUUAUCAAAGACCUUUCGCUCAAUUGUUUAAUUAUUUUCAAGAAAAUAUUUUACAAAAUUUCUUUAUUUGUUUCACCAAAUGUCUUUCAAAUAAUCUUGAUGAGCGUCGUCAACAAUCGAUUAUCAAAUCUAUUUCACCAAAACUUCAAUCGAUUAAUCGAGAAAAUCUUUUUCAAUUUGAUAGUUCAUAUUUAAUUCAAACAGCAGCACAACAAUAUUUGGCAAAAGUUGAUCUUCAAAAUCAAUCAUAUGAACAAAGUCAGUCAAUGACAUUUGAACAAUGGAAAAGAUUUUUAAGUCAAAUUCGAAACAACACUAAUCAACGUUAUUUAAUUCAUCAUCAAGGUUUACAAAAUCAACAAAUUCUUCGCUCAGAAAUUAGACGAUUAAUUCGUCUAAUCUUUGAAAUAAUUCGACAUCUUCUUCGAAAUCAAAUUUUAUUUCAAUUCUCUUUGAGUUAUUCAAUUGAAAUUCGAUUUAAACCACUUGAUUUUAAUUAUGCAACAUGUUAUUCAUGUCAUCGACAAUCGAAACAAAUUGGACCUUUUUGGAUUGUCUUUGAUUCAACACAUCAAUUUUCCAAUAAAUGUGAUAUAUGUUCAUGUCCUCCCAAUCAACAUGUACCGAUUUCAUCUUAUUUAGAAUAUUAUCCAUCAGAUAAACCAUUCAAAUAUAUCCCAUCUGAUAUUCAAUCUUCUAUCGAAAACCUUCUUCGUGAAAGUGCAUAUUUAUCCAAUUGGCUCAUGAGAACAAGUCAACAGCAAAAUCCUGAAGAUUUGUUUUGUUUAUAUUUAGAGCGAAUGAUCAAAGAUGAACAUAAUGUUCUUGAAAAAAAACCCUAUAAUAAAUUCAAUGCCAAAUUAUACGAUCUUUUGAUUAGACUUCGAGAACAAUAUAUUCAACAUUAUGGGAAAGCCAAUACAUAUGAAUGGAAGGACCUCGAUGACAUUCAAAAUCGAAUUGAUAAGAUUCGAAACGAUCCAAUUCUAUCCGAGCAAUUUCAUUAG